AUCCAUACAUUUGAGACGAAUGAAUUCGAGAGUAUCAAUCAUCGAAGAACACUUUCCUUAAUAUUUGUCGCAAUUUUCCGAAAACAUAUUUAAUAGAAAUGGCUACCGAAAAUGCAAGUCCCAAUUUAAAGGAAGGAGAAGCCGGUUUGUCCAAUAUGGUUAAAACCUUAGUAUUAGAAAAUAAUACGAAUCCGAGCGCAAAUAAAAUUCCAAGCGCAGAUGAAGCCUCGGAUAUGUCUGUUACUGGUAGCAUUGAUCCAUCGGAACCGGAUGAUGCUAAGCCGGCUGAAACAAGUUUACUAGCCAAGAUUAUUCGAAAAGGACUGAUUGAAUCGAAGCAAGAUUUGGAUGUUUUGAGAAAUGAUCCUAACUCUCCGCUAUUUUCCGUAAAGACGUUUGAGGCGCUACAUUUAAAACCUGAAUUACUUAAAGGUGUGUAUGCAAUGGGUUUUAAUGCUCCCUCUAAAAUUCAAGAAACUGCAUUGCCCACCCUUCUGGCCGAUCCACCACAAAAUAUGAUUGCUCAAAGUCAGUCAGGCACUGGCAAAACAGCAGCAUUUGUAUUGGCAAUGUUGAGCCGUGUUGAUACUUCAAAACCCUAUCCACAAGUGCUUUGUCUUUCUCCUACUUAUGAAUUAGCCAUUCAAACAGGUGAGGUAGCAGCAAAAAUGGCACAAUUUUGCCCGGAUAUUCUUUUACGAUUUGCAGUACGAGGUGAAGAAGUACCACGAGGAGAAAAAAUAAAGGAACAUAUCAUUAUUGGAACACCAGGAAAGAUUUUAGAUUGGGGUCUCAAAUACAAACAUUUUGAUAUGAAAAAGGUUACUGUAUUCGUAUUGGAUGAGGCAGAUGUUAUGAUUGCUACGCAAGGACACCAAGAUCAGUGCAUCAGGAUCCACAAACAAUUGUCACCAAGAUGCCAAAUGAUGUUUUUUUCUGCCACCUAUGACAAGGAAGUGAUGGAGUUUGCAGAAUACAUCGUCCCAAACCCAAUCGUGAUUCGUCUUCUACGUGAACAAGAAUCCUUAGACAACAUAAAGCAAUUUUAUGUAAAAUGUCGAAAUUUAGAUGACAAGUAUCAAGCUAUUUCAAACAUAUACGGUGUUAUCACGGUCGGCCAAGCAAUAAUUUUCUGCCAUACUCGCAAAACAGCAGGUUGGCUUGCUGGUAAAAUGUCCACUGAUGGUCAUGCAGUUGGUAUUCUCUCUGGAGAUUUGACGGUAGAACAAAGAUUGGCUGUGUUGGACCGUUUUCGUGCGGGCUUAGAAAAAGUUUUAAUUACAACCAACGUAUUAUCUCGCGGAAUCGAUGUUGAGCAGGUCACAAUUGUUGUUAACUUUGACCUUCCCAUGAACCAACGACAAGAAGCUGACUACGAAACUUACUUGCACCGCAUAGGGCGAACAGGUCGUUUCGGCAAAAAUGGUAUAGCAAUUAAUUUGAUUUCAUCAGACAACGACAUGAAUAUUUGUAAUGCUAUAGAGAAACACUUUGGAAAACCAAUCUUAUUACUGGAUGCCGACAAUGUAGAUGAAAUUGAAAAGAUUGGUACUUAAACCCAUUUAACAUUUAAGGGCAUAAUUAUUUAAUAUCAUUAUAAUAAGUUAAUGUAUUUAUGUAAGAGAUAUAAACUUUUAUUGUUAAGCAAAAAGUAUAUUUAAAUACAUAAUAAUAAAAAUAAAAUUAUGAACAAUCAA